UAUUCAGCACAAGUGUAGCAUCUAACAACCAAGACCAGACUAACAGUGUGAAUGCAGUGAGUAUUACUAAUAACUUUUUUAGUUCUAGAAUGUAUGCUUCAUGUGCUGAGAACUUGUAUGCCAAUGCAUAUAAUGGCAUGGCUGGAGUGUCUAGCACAGUAGCUGUUACUAGCAGUGUUAAUUCUAGGCCUAGUGAGCUCUUUUUGCACGAAAGUGUGCCUUAUUCACCACGUUUGCCAUAUUCACCAUGUUUGCAAAAUUCAAUUCAUGAAACAAAAGUACCGCCUGGUCCACAUAGAUUGUCUCAGUCCUACCCCAGCUCCCCCAAUGUUAUCCCCGAAAGCCAGAAUGAUCCACUCGUUGGUAUGAAUUUGGCCGCUAGGGCAUUAGAUUUGAUGCAUUUGUCACAAUCUUUGAACACAAUAACACAUCGUGAUGAUUACCUGCUUCUUUCUGCAUUGCACGAUAGUUACAAUCAGAAUCCUUUGUUGUAUUCAGUGCCUAUUGCUUCAUAUCAAACCUCGCCAUUUAUACCUCCUAAUACACCAUCAGAUUGUCCAGUUUGUUCACGGAGUUCAAUUUGUAGUCCUAAUGCUAAGCUUUGCUUGCUUCACACCCCUAGACAACAUUUGAUGUUCCCUUGUUGCAACCCCGCUAGCACACAAAGAUCACGCUCCAAGUCAAUUAGCUAUCAAUCCAAGCCUCCAAGCUAUAGUAAUAGAUCACAAUCUAUACAAUAUCAAUACCCCCCAUUGCUAUACCCAACCAAUGGAGAUAGCACCCUGACUCCCAGUAGACUAGAGCUUCAGCGGGCACUUAGACUUGCUAGGCUAGAACGUAGAAGCACGCUAGCUAAUGAUAGGGUCAUAGAGUAUAUUAAUGAUGGCCCAAGAAGGGCUAGCAUGGGCCAUGGUGACGGUGAAACGAGGCAAUCUUGUUGCAAUCAAGAAGUCGCUGAUAUUACUCGAACUAUGGCUGAAAGUACUUCUGCACAAACAAGUCAGUCAUUGGCCAAUGAAAUAGGUAUGGUUAGUGAGGUUGGAAUUCCUGUAGAAAUGGUGAAGAAAGAUGGAG